AUAUCACAUUUUAGGCUGUAGCGGUACUUCUGUACAUCCCUCCACCCCGACAUCAAAAAACACAACAAGAACAUUUCCCAACACAACAGUAAAAAUGAAAUCAGCAAAAACAACAAAAACAGAAUCUGCCACUCUCACCCCCCCUAAUGAAUCAACAUCAUCUAUUCCUCAGUUACCAAGAUCAAUAGGUAGUAGAGGCAGAAAAUUCUUAUUUCUUUUCAUGAAAAAUCACCCAAUUGCAAAAGGAUCCCUAACAACAUACAUUACAACAUACGGUAAUGCGUCUGUUAAUAUCUCAACUUCAAGUGAUCUUAAUGCGUCCAUUAAAUUAGCAACUGACGUUAUAACUAAUGUCUCCUAUUAUUCCAAUAUCACACUACCCUACGAUCGAGCUAAGCUGUGAUUAUUUAUCGACUGAAUCCAAGGCUGUGCUUGUGCAAACAUCAGAACUAUCCACCGUAUCAAUAUUUGAUAGUUUUUAUGAGACAACCAACGAUGGGACGCUGAUUAUUCCAACUGACAGAUUGUCAACAAAAUAUCUUGUGUCGUCAACGAAUCCAUACGGAUUAAGCGAAUACUACCUCAGCCAGUUUGCUGUUGCAGCCUUAUAUGAAGAAACCAACGUUAAUAUUACAUUUAAAAUGAAAACCAGUACUUCAAUAUCUCUACUUCGUGGAACAUACGAAGACCAGGAUGUACUAACAACAACUUUAAAUAAAUAUGAAACUUUACAAAUUAUGCAUACUUCUGAUCUUACUGGGACUUUUAUUGAGUCCUCAAAACAAAUAGCUUUGUUCUCAGGGAACCGAUGUCAGCGGCUGAAAAUCCGAGCAUGUAGUCACAUGGUUUCUCAGUUACCCCCGACUACCGAAUUUGAUAAACAAUAUAUCAUCCCCGCAUUCUACGGAAAAUUAGGGACAUUAUUUCAAAUGAUAAGAGAAAGCCAGAAUUCUAUUAAAAUCAACGAAGGUAGGAAUUCAUCAACCUUGCAUAUGAAUGAAAAAGAAUUCAUGAACAUUGAGGUGACAUCAGUGGAAACUACUACUGUAGAGUCAGAUAACCCUGUACUUGUAACUGGUUUUGCAAUGGGUUCCAGAAAUAAUGAUCCUUAUAUGACCGUUAUUCCAGGUGUCAAUCAAUAUGUUGAUUACUAUAAUGUAGUUGUACCAGACGGAUAUGUAAAUAACUAUAUCUGUGUGAUAAUUCAACAAAAAUAUACAAAUUACCUAAAAAUAAAUGAUUCCUCUACAGAUCAUUAUAAAACUGUGCGUCACAGCUCUCUAUCAUUCGAGACUACUUAUAGCAUUCGUACCUUUGAAGUAGACAGCGGGCCCAUUGUUAUAUCGACAACUAAUAACUCAACAUUUGGAUUAAUAGUCUACGGUCAUCGGGUAUAUGAUGGAUAUGCAUUCACCGGGAAUUAUUUACUCUCUUAAACUUUUCGACGAUGAAGAUUACUUCCUGGCAAAUUUAUUUCGUUAAAUAUAAAUAAUUCUAUUCUAAUAUGAAUAGUUUUUGUAUCUAGUACAGUUUGAAAGACUGAUUAAUUUUUUUUUCUGCUACAAUCCAACAAACGUAAUCAAAACGACUUGACCUCUACUUGUCAGACAAGUAGAGGCAAUGAAGCGGUAAUGUAACCUUUUUGUAGCAGUAAUGAGUAUGUAACAGUAAUGACAAGAAUUUUAUUAUACUAUAUACUUA